CAAUGUUCGAUCAGAAUUUUUGCAAACGGCCGAUGGCUCAUCGCAUAAUCUUCAAGAUGGCUGGGCUUGGCAUAUCUGCGUAAAUUUUAUUCAAUUGGCUUGUUCUUCUUCCGACAAAAACUUGUUCUGCAGUCGGGCCGAGAUCACAUCAAUAUUUACCCACCAUGAGUGAUGUGGAAUCGUAUGCGGGGGAUAGGAAGGAUGCGGAGAAACAAUUGCCGGCACAGGACCUCGAGCCGUUUGGCAAUGAGGAGACGGCGGAGGUGAAAUAUCGCACCAUGAAGUGGUGGUGAGUGUCUACUUUCCUCAUAGGGAUGUCAUGUCCGGUCCGGCUAACCCUUGCAUAACAGGCACUGUGGCAUGCGUAAGUUUGGCUUUCUAUAGGCCCCGGAGCAUGUCUGAUCUCACAUUCUAACCCGCUGGCAGUCAUGAUUGCUGAGAAUGUCUCGGUGGGAAUUCUUUCGCUGCCGUCUGCUGUGGCCACUCUUGGAAUGGUUCCCGCUGCUAUUAUGAUCCUGUUCAUCUCGGCUCUCUCAUGGUACACGGGUUAUGCCAUUGGCCAAUUCAAGCUGCGUCAUCCUGCUAUUCACAGCAUGGGAGAUGCUGGCGAACUCUUGAUGGGUCGUGCCGGCCGAGAGAUUUUCGGCCUUGGCCAGCUGCUGCUACUCAUCUUCCUGAUGGCUAGUAACAUCCUGACAUUCAACAUUCUGAUGAAUGUCCUGACGGAUCACGGCACCUGUACCUUGGUGUUCGGUGUUGUCGGUCUGGUCAUCUGUUUCCUGGGUGCCUUGCCGCGUACUAUGGACAAGGUGUAUUGGAUGUCUGUUGCUUCCUUCCUGAGUGUUCUCGUUGCUACAAUCGUGACCAUGGUCUCUGCCGGAGUGGAGAGCAAAGGCCACAUUCCUAUUCAUGCCACUACGGACGUUAGCUUCCGCGAGGGUUUCCUGGCCGUGACGAACAUCAUCUUUGCCUACUUGGCCCAUGUUGCCUACUUCGGCUUCAUGUCGGAGACGGAGGAUCCGCGUACCUUCAACAAGUCCCUGGCCAUGUUGCAAAUUGUCGAUACCGUCCUGUACCUUGUUAGCGCAAUGAUCAUCUACAACUACAUCGGCCCCGACGUCAAGUCCCCGGCUAUUUCGUCCUUGAGCCCUGUCAUGAGCAAGAUCGCCUGGGGACUUGCCAUUCCUACGACCAUCCUCUCUGGUGUCGUUCUCGGACACGUUGCGUGCAAGUAUAUCUACGUGCGGCUCUUCCGCGGAUCUGACAAGAUGCACCGUCGCGACCUUAUGUCUAUCGGAUCCUGGGUGGCGAUCUGCCUCUUCGUCUGGCUGGUGUCUUGGGUUGUCGCGGAGUCGAUUCCGGUGUUCAACGACCUGCUCAGUCUGAUUAGUGCCCUUUUCGGAAGUUGGUUCAGCUUUGGUUUCCCCGCCAUUUUCUGGCUGCACAUGAACAAAGGCGAGUACACCCGCAACGCGAGGAAGAUUUUCUUGACCGCCCUCAACAUCGCCAUCUUGGCUAUUGCCUGUGCUAUUUGUGGUUUGGGUCUAUACGUCUCCGGCGCCGCCAUCCACGACGAUUCAAGUUCCAGCAGCUGGUCUUGCGCCAACUCCGCCUAAUUCAGGUAAUGACUACUGAGAUCUCACCUCUUCACUAGAUGGAUAGAUAUAAAUGAUGUUCGAUGAGAUAGAUGAAGGCUGCAUCUACCGGCUGGAUGCUACAUUUUGUUGUUUUGAGUACCCAGAUAUCCGUUAUCAUCGCCAGCCUUGAUGGUGUGAGGCGUUUCGGCUCCGUGGGAGGGCCGUUCACGUUCGUUUUGCAUCGGAGGUGCAUAUGCAUGUUUUCGUUGUAUAUAAGUUGGAAAGUUUAGUUGGGUAGAUCACUUAGAGGGAAUUAUAUACAUGUUUCUAAUAGAUGAGUUUGGAGCAUGUGCGUUUACAGAUGUAACGGGUGUGGUUGGAUUUUACCGGGAUUUGAACAUGCUACGACUACAAGGAGAGGACCUCUAAGCUAGAAUCAACACAAAGCACAAGACGUAAACUUUGUAGGGUAACGUGGUAUGAGUGCGCAGUGAAAGGGGAGCAGUGAUGACCAAGAAACAAAGGUACCAUCACUACUGGACCAUCUUUCACUUCAGCACCUCAACAACCGGCAG